GUUGUCGAGGCUUUGCGAGCAAAGGAAACCAAACUGACGCCAAAGCAUCACCCGAACACAGAAAGAGGCCAUGGCGAAGAAGCCAUGUGAAUUUCCAACGGCCGUUCUCUCCUUCCGUCGCUUCCUCCAGAGACGCUUCUUGGGAGGGCGGCACCACCACCGCCCAACGUCGACCACGGCAACUGGUGCAGCUAUACCACCGGCAGAUAAGCUACACAACCAAACUGUAAUGAUUGAUCUGGAGUCAUGGCUACUGAGGUCGCCCAUGUCGACCUUCCCUUACUUCAUGAUCGUCGCCAUCGAGGCCGGUAGCUUCCUCCGCGGCCUCAUCCUGCUGCUGAUAUACCCUCUCUUAUGGCUCCUUCUCAGCCAUGACAUGCUUCUCAAGGCCAUGGUCAUGGUGUCCUUCUUUGGGUUGCCCGAGAAGGAGGUGGUCAGGAUUGGUAAGGCAGUUCUACCAAAGUUCUUCCUGGAAGGGAUGGCCAUGGAGGGGCUGGAGGUGGUGAGGAACGCGAAGAAAGUGGUCGUGUUUAGUCCGUUGUUUCCGAGGGUGAUGGUCGAGGGUUUCUUGAAAGAGUACAUAGGCGUGAACGCUGUCAUCGGAAGGGAGGUCAUAGCGGUUGCCGGGCGUUACGUCGGGCUCCUCGUCGACCACAUUGACAUGGACGAUGGAGGUUUUGUUGACGAGGUGAUGGAAGAGACGAAGCGCGGCAAGGGCGACGGAGCUGUUGGGCUUGCUGGAGUGGGCAGCAAGAUGCAUCAUCUGUUUUCUCGUUAUUGCAAGGAAACCUAUGUUGUAUGUGACGCCGACAAGAAGGAAUGGCAGCCGGUGCCAAGAGAGAAGUACCCUAAACCUUUGAUCUUCCACGAUGGCCGGCUCGCCUUCAAGCUGACGCCCUGUGCCGCGGUGGCGAUGUACACCUACCUACCUUGGGGUAUCUUCCUCGCCGUCUUCCGCAGCCUGGCAUUUGGCCUCCUCCCCUACCGUGUGUCCGUCCCUCUCGCCGCGUUCACUGGCAUGCGCUCCCGUCUGAUCGCCGGCCCGUCGCCUGAUGCCACCCGCCGGAACAGCGGGACGGCCGGGGGUCGCCUCUACGUCUGCAACCACCGCACGCUCCUGGACCCUAUUACCGUCGCGGCCGUGCUGAACAAGCCCAUCACUGCGGUGACGUACAGUGUAAGCCCGGUAUCGGAGUUGAUUGCGCCAAUCCGCACGGCGCGCCUGACGCGCGACCGGGACGAGGACCGGCGGCGCAUGGAGGCGCUGCUGGCGCGCGGCGACCUCGUGGUGUGCCCCGAGGGCACCACGUGCCGUGAGCCGUACCUCCUUCGGUUUAGCCCACUCUUCGCUGAGCUCACCGGCGAGGUGACCCCCGUUGCGCUGGAGACACGGAUUGACAUGUUCUACGGCACGUCGACGAAGCCUGCCGCCAAGUGGCUGGACCCAUUCUACUUCAUGCUGAAUUCGAGACCGGAGUACCACGUCGAGUUCCUGCAGCCCGUCAGCACCGCUCCAGUAGACGGUGAGGCAGGCGGUCACGGCCACAGUAUCAACGCCGCAAACAGGGUACAGCGCGUGCUCGGCGAGGCGCUUGCAUUCGAGCUGACAGAGCAGACGCGAAAGGACAAGUACGAGAUGCUGGCCGGGAAUAAAGGGAACGUGAAAGGUGAAGCCAAGAUGUAGGUGCGACCUGAUAUCUUGAGAGAUUGUAUUGAAUUAAUGUUCUGUAUGGGAUUCUUUAUUGCGUUCAUUUUUUUAAACUCGUUUCAGACAUGUUGUUUUAUUUUAGUAAGUUUAUGCCAUGCAUUACUUAUUCUUGUUCUAAUGUUUUAUUGUGUGCGAAAGUUCUUGUAAACAAACAUAUUAAUUAAAAUAAGAUUGUUCUGCCUUCUUUUCUAUUAA